UAUAACCUGGAAACAGAAAAGGAUCCUGUAGUUAUUGUUAUUUCCACUACCGGUACUGGAGACCCACCAGACACUGCCCGCAAGUUUGUAAAGAAAAUUAAAGACACGACCUUGCCACCUGAUCAUUUUGCACAUCUCCAGUAUGGAUUGCUAGGUCUGGGCGAUUCAGAGUACACGUUCUUUUGUAAUGGUGGAAAGAUAGUAGACCGGCGACUUCAGGAACUUGGUGCCCAGCACUUCUACAACACAGGAUUAGCAGAUGAUUGUGUGGGUUUGGAAUUAGUGGUUGAUCCUUGGAUUGAUGGACUUUGGCUUGCCCUCAAGGAAGCAUUUCCAUUGCAGAAAGAAAAAGAAGGCAUGAGCAGUGUUGUCGAUGCUGUUUCUAGCUCUCUCUCUGCAGGCCUGCACGUUGUACAUGAGCUAAACUUAAGCUCAGAAGUUCAGAACUUGAAGCUAGAAGAUAAGGGAGUGAGGAGUUCUGAUGUUCUGUCACAGAAACUGGUUGACGUCAAUCUUGUGGCUUCAACUACAGACGCCAAACCUUCACUUGUUCGUUCUGUCCCUCCUGUCUCUCAGUCUGCCCUUAAUAUUCCUGCUUUGCCACCAGAAUAUAUAGAGGUGCAGUUUCAGGACACCCAUGGUGAGAAUCCACAUCCGUCCUCGCUGAUUUCAGAGGGAACAACCUUUGAAGUGCCAGUUACAAAAGCAGUUCAGCUCACUAGAGAAGAUGCAAUAAAAACUGCAUUGCUCUUAGAACUUGAUAUUGAAGAUACAGUCUUUGACUACCAACCUGGCGAUGCCUUCUGUGUAAUAUGUCCCAACAAUGUUGAUGAGGUGGAAGAACUUCUUCGCAUCUUGGGACUUUCUGAAAAAGGAGAGCACUUUGUUUGUGUAAAGGUUAAGCAGGGCACUAAAAAGAAAGGUAUGGUGUGAUGCACUGCAGCUCAUCCACAACAUGUCCCUGAAAGAAGCACUCUGAAAUUCAUUCUAACCUGGUGUCUGGAAAUAAGAGCAAUUCCCAAAAAGGCAUUUUUGCGAGCUCUUGUAGAAUGUACCAGUGAUGUGGGAGAAAAACGGAGGCUUCAGGAGCUUUGCAGCAGACAAGGAGCCUCUGAUUACACACGCUUUAUUAGAGAAUCUAAUGUUUGCUUGCUGGAUUUACUUCAUGCUUUUCCAACCUGCAAGCCUUCACUUAACCUGUUAAUUGAACAUCUUCCUAAAUUACAAGCCAGAUCCUAUUCAGUGUCAAGUUCAAACUUGUAUCAGCCAGGAAAACUGUGUUUUGUAUUUAACAUUGUGGAGUUCCCUGCCUGUCCCGCUAGACCAGUCUCACGGAAAGGAGUAUGUACAGGGUGGCUUGCUGAGUUAGUUGCACCUCUACUGCACCCCGGUAAAAACACUCUGGAUACAAAAGGAGGAAGCUCUGCAACUGAAAAGAUAUCUAUUUUUGCUCGUCCAAACAAUACUUUCCACUUACCUGCAGACCCAUCUGUCCCAUUCAUGAUGGUUGGUCCAGGAACAGGAAUUUCACCAUUUAUUGGUUUCCUACAACACAGGCAAAAGCUUAGAGAAGAACAUACAGACUGGGAAUUUGGAGAAACAUGGCUGUUUUUUGGUUGUCGGCAUCAGGAUCGAGACUAUUUGUUCAAAGAUGAGCUCAGAUGUUUUCUGGAAAAUGGCACAUUAACUCAUCUCAAAGUUUGUUUCUCAAGAGACUCUUCAACUGCCGAAGUAGCCCCACCUAAAUAUGUGCAAGAUGUCGUUAGGCUUUAUGCUAAGGAAGUUGCCAGAGUUCUGCUGAAAGAAAGAGGUUACUUCUAUGUAUGUGGAGAUAAGAAGCACAUGGCUGAUGGUGUAAGUGAUGCUGUAGUGGACAUUUUAAGCAUGGAAAUGGAAGCUGACAAAUUGGAAGCUAUGAAAAUCCUGGCCAUGCUUCGAGAAGCAAAACGAUAUUUGCAGGAUGUUUGGAGCUAA